AUGGAGCAGGAGGACAUGCCAGACACAAUUGGUCAGGCCAGACACUCUCUCUCUAGAUGCAACAAUAAGAGGUUAGUGUGUGCUAAUGAAUGUUUUAUAGAUGUUGUCUAGUGCUCUUCAAAAUCAUUACCAUGUCACUCAUCGCUGUUUAACAAAUUGGGCAUGAUCUUCUCACCCUUAAUUGAAUAUUUGAUUAAAAUGCCAUACAGGGAGGAUGGAAGGCAACGAGAAAACAGCACCGAUGAGGAGGGUGGGGAAGUACAAGAGAAAGACUGGAAUGAAAACUAUGAAUGUGACAGCAACAUAUCAUAUUUCGAAGAUGAGUUGGAUCGACUUUUGGACCCGUAAGUAGAAUAAGUUUCACUGUUACGACUUCUCUCACGUCAUUCCUUGAUGACUAUAGUACUGAUACAUAUCAUAUAGCUAGUUGUAUGUGCAAAUCUUAUGGAAUGCAGCAUACACCUCAAAAUAUGUUUUUGUGUUGGGCCACUCAUUCACAGUAAGCAUGUGGUAUUAUCAUGCUUUCAAAAUUUACAUUACAUUUACAUUUUAGUCAUUUAGCAGACGCUCUUAUCCAGAGCGACUUACAGAUGUUACAAAUGAUGUUAGGAUUGAUUUUAACAAAUUCACUAAAUUAUAUUCCUAGACUAUUAAAGAUAUUUCAUAUUUGCUUAUGCUAGGGAUGUCACAGUGAACUGAUUUUGUUUCAGCCGUACUCUAUUUUUUCAUUGAUUUGUUUUCAGAGAGGAAAAUAAAGACUGUUGGACAGAACCUUCAGAGACUGUAGACAGCAAUGGGACAGCAGUAACAGAGACUAGAGGGAGGGAAGACUCCCUGUCCAAUGGAACAGAAGUUAUAGAGCUUAGAGUGGGCAGUGAUUCUCCUCCCUGUAGGACAUCAGUAACAGAGACUAGAGGGAGGGAAGACUCCCCUCCCAAAGCGACAGUCUCUUCACAGUCCAGAGUAUGGUCCCCCCCCCCUUCCUCCUUAAUAGAUUCCGAUUUCAAAGAAGAGUUGGAUCGACUUUUGGACCAGUGAGUUGAAUUAGUUUCAGUAUUAUAACUUGUCUCAUAAAAUGCCAUCACUUGACCACUACAUGUGAUAUUAUGCCUUCAAGUGAUGGUAUGAUUAUUUUCUCACACAUACAUUUGUUCCUUGACUAUUAUAUAUUUGCAUGUACUAGGGAUGUCACAAUUAACUGAUUUUGCUCACUUUUUUGUCUUUGAUACGUUUCAGAGAGGAAGAUGAAGACAGCUGGACAGAACCUUCAGAGACUGUAGACGGGAAUGACACCCCGUCCAAUGGGACAGACUCUUCACAGCCCAGAGUAAGGGGUUCCUCCCCUCUCUCCACUGAGGCUUCAGAGUCCAGUGAGGAGGAUGAAGACGACCUUUCCUUUGAGACAGAAGCCAUAGAGACCAGAGCUUCAAAAAAGAGAAAAAACAUUUCCAGCCCUAAAGCAGAAGAGAAAAAGGGGCGAAAGAAGGCCAGGCCUACAUCCUCUCCCCUCUGGAUAUCCAGCCCUGCCAAAUCCAGAAGGAACGCUCAUGCAGCCACACCUCUUAUCAUUGGGUCAGAGAGGAGGUGGAGGACUGAGGAUGAACCAGAUCAAGAGCCUAAACUGUUCCCCUUCGAACCAGCUAGGACUCCAGGACCCCAGCUAGACACUUCAAAGAACUACACUGUUCUAGAGCUCUUCCAGCUCUUCUUCAGUAAUGACGUUGUUGAUACUCUCUGCUCAAACACCAACAAGAACGCCAAGAGAAGACAGGAACAGGGAAUCAAAGAACCAUGGAAACCUGUAUCCGUGGAGGAAAUGUACAACUACCUCAGCAUUGUAAUCUAUAUGGGUCUGCUGAAUGUGCACACUGUAUCAGACUACUGGGUCCCGAACAGGUUGUAUGGUAUUCCUUUUUGCCGUACAGUCAUGACUAUGACAAGAUUUCGGGCAAUCACCUAUUCACUGCACAUGAGUGACCCAGCAGAGGAGGAGGAAAACGAUAAGAAUAAGGGGACUGCAGAGUACGACCAGCUAAUGAGAAUCAAACCUCUCAAAGACCAGAUAUUGGAGGCAUGCAGGGCCUUCUACCACCCAUUCCAGAACCUUUCCAUUGAUGAGCGCAUGGUGCACUCCAAGGCCCGCCACAGCCUCAAACAAUACAUUAAAUCCAAGCCCUACAGGUAUGGGUUCAAGGUCUAUGUUUUAGCAGAUUCAAGAAAUGGCUACACAUGCGACUUCAGUGUAUUUGUGGGCAAGAACCCAUCUGCUUCAGGAAAAGGGGAGUGCUAUGACGCUGUCAUGGACCUGUUGAAUGUCCCUCACUUGGGCACAGGGUACCACAUUUACCUUGAUAAUUAUUUCACCAGCGCAACUCUCUUCCGUGACCUGUACAAUAAGAAAUUAGGAGCUUGUGGAACCAUACGUGAAAACCGUGUGGGCCUCGCUGGUGUGCAAGAGAACAGCAUGCCUCCUAGAGCAAAGAGAGGGACCAUCCGCUGGCUUCGUGACGGGGAGCUGCUCUUCACCAAGUGGAUGGAUGCACGACCAGUCACCAUGUGUACCACCAUCCAUAAAGCUUUCGCAAAGGAGCAGGUGCAACGACGUAAGAGGUUAGAGGAUGGCACCUGGACAACACAGCCUGUACCCGCCCCAGAGCCGAUCAAGCCAUACAACAAGUAUAUGGGGGGUGUGGACCUGUCUGAUGCCCUGAUCAAAUGCUACAGUGUGGCCCAGAAAACCAUGAAGUGGUACAAGACCUUCUUCUACCACUUUGUAGAUGUUGCUGUGGUGAACAGCUGGCUCAUGCACAAGGACAUGGCUGUGACAAAGAAUACAAAGCCUAUGGCCCAAAAACAGUUCAGGGAGAAGCUGUGUUCGCAGCUUGCUGACAUUGCACUGAAAGGGGAUGUUCAGGAGGAGAGGGGGGAGGAGCAUAAGGAACAACCGAGCGAACAGCGAGUGGAAAAGCAGGGUGAAAAGCAGGAUGAAAAGCAGGAUGAAAAGCAGGGUGAAAAGCAGGAUGAAAAGCAGGGUGAAAAGCAGGGUGAAGAAGAGGAAGAGGUGGAAGUUGGUUUAUUGUGCUGUCCUGUGCCCACAAAAGAUCCCAUCACGGUUGCGUUAUGUAAUAAAGCUUCUGAGGGAAGGAGGCAGUGUCAUUUGUGUAAGCACAAGACCAUUUGGCAGUGCGAGUCCUGCAAGGUGGCACUCUGCAUAAUACCAGAUAGGAACUGCUUCAGGAUAUGGCAUGUGAAAAAAGACAAUGACGAGCAAGAUUGA